UGUUUUACAAUGGAAUGUGACAGGGCAGAUCGUAGUGGGAGGACCAGAGCACAGACAAUCUCUGUCUGAACUUGGUGUUCUCGCUGGAGACAGUUCCUGCAGAAACCUGCUUCUGUUUUUAAAACUUCUGUAGUUCGUGCACACUUUUUUACACAAACAUGUCUACAGCCUCGGAUCAGCGCUCCUCUCUGGUGUUGGAGAACUUCAUCGGGGGGAAGUUCGUUCCGUGUCAGAGCCACAUCGACUCAUAUGAUCCGUCCAUCGGCGAGGUUUACUGCAAGGUGCCUGACAGCGGCAAAGACGAGGUGGAGGCAGCGGUGGCAGCAGCUAAAGAAGCCUUCCCCGGCUGGUCUGCCCGCAGCCCAGAGCAGCGAGCCCAGAUCCUCAACAAGCUGGCCGACCUGAUAGACGCAAACCUGGAGGAGUUUGCACAAGCAGAGUCCAGAGACCAAGGUAAGACCAUCACUUUUGCACGGAAUGUGGACAUCCCCCGAUCGGCGUACAACUUCCGCUUCUUUGCCUCCUCCGCGCUCCACCACACCAACGACUGCAGCCAGAUGGACCACAUGGGCUGCCUGAACUACACCAUCCGCUGUCCUGUGGGAGUGGCUGGUCUGAUCAGCCCGUGGAAUCUCCCUCUGUACCUGCUCACCUGGAAGAUAGCGCCUGCAAUCGCAGCAGGAAACACAGUAGUGGCGAAACCCAGCGAGAUGACCUCUGUGACCGCGUGGAUGAUGUGCAAGCUGAUGCAGCAGGCUGGUGUUCCUCCAGGUGUUGUAAAUAUUGUAUUUGGCACCGGACCAAAAGCAGGGGAUGCCCUGGUCGGCCAUCCUGAAGUCCCUUUGAUUUCCUUCACUGGCUCCACAGCCACGGCCCAGUACAUCACCGAGCGUAGCGCCCCUUACUGUAAGAAGCUCUCUCUGGAGCUGGGAGGUAAAAACCCUGCCAUCAUUUUCGCUGAUGCAAACCUUGACCAAUGCAUCGAGACCACGGUUCGCUCCAGCUUCUCCAACCAGGGAGAGAUCUGCCUGUGCACCAGUAGGAUUUAUGUAGAGAGAAGUAUUUACCCUGAGUUUCUGGAAAAGUUUGUUGCUGCUGCUAAAAAGUGGAAGACAGGUGUGCCGUCUGAUCCCGGCAACAACAACGGAGCGCUCAUCAGCAAAGAGCACCUGGAGAAGGUUCGAAGCUUUGUUGCACUCGCCAAAUCUGAAGGCGGCAUCAUCCACUGUGGCGAGGGCGUCGACAAGCUGGACCUCCCCGAACGCAACGCCAAAGGUUACUUCAUGCCCGCCACAGUCAUCUCAGGCAUAAGCCAAAACUCCCGCGCCAUGCAGGAGGAGAUCUUCGGCCCUGUAACCUGCGUCAGCCCCUUCGACACUGAGGACGAGGCUGUUUCCAAAGGCAAUGGUGUACGCUACGGUCUGGCGGCGACCGUGUGGUCCCGGGACGUGGGGACGGUUCACAGGGUGGCCAAGAGGUUACAGACAGGUCUUGUGUGGACUAACUGCUGGCUGGUGAGAGAUCUGAACCUGCCAUUUGGAGGGAUGAAGAACUCGGGUGUGGGAAGGGAGGGAGGGAAGGAUUCUUAUCACUUCUUUACAGAGGUGAAGGUCGUCACCAUUAAGCACUGAGGGAGCGAGUAGGAUUACAUUAGAGGCUUUUCUUCAUUGAAAAACUUUUACUCUUGAAAGUAGGAAGUUUUUUAAGUUAAUCUUGACCUUCAUCGACCUUUGAGUGCAACUCUUUGGAAUUUUAACAACAGAUUUCUCCUCCCACUUCCUCCUCGGGUUACUGAAGCUUGUAAUUAAAUCACAUUCAAAGGAAAUGAAAGUCAGAGAGAGAAAUGCAGUGGAACAAGACAGAUGAAUGAACCAGCAGAAUCAAAUAUAAAUCUACAGUAGGACAAAAAAUCUCACAAUGCAGGAAAUUGUAACAUUUUCACAUUUUUCAUUCAGUAUUUGCCUAAAAUUUCACACCACAUUUUUUGCUGUUGAGCUGUUGAAAUAUAUUGAAAUUAUGAUUGUAAAAAAUGAAAUAAAAGAAGUCAAACCAAA